UGUUUCCCAACCACCAUGACGCUGGACAAGGAAGCCCGUCGACGCCUUGCUCGCGAUACAAUUGAUCGUUCACCAUCCAUUGUUGCCGACCAUAAGCACCAGGGCGCCUCAGCCGACUCUACUUUCAUCAAUUCCCAGCUUCCACCCCUUGACCCGCUUCCCGAUAACCUCAAAUCGGCGCAUCCCGUCGAGAUAGUCAACUCGGACGCAUUCACGCUCUCCCGAAAACUUCUCGCAGAUGACCCGAAAGGCAAAGUUGCGGUGCUCAACCUCGCCAGCGACAUUCUCCCCGCGGGACCGUGGCUACAGCUUCUCACGACGACGCAAGAGGAAGCGCUGUGUUACAGUUCGACUCUCUACAUCACACUCAAGAAAGAGUACUACCCGUGGCCGAACCUCGGUCCCGGCUGUGUCGCCGGCGUGUUCUCGUCAGGCGUCGUUAUUUUCCGGGAUGAUCUCGACCAUGAAUGUGUUGAGCUAGCUAACGCUGAAAGGCGAGUUGUCAGUGUAAUCACUGUCGCAGCGCCCGCGCGGCCUGAGUUGAUGGCCGACAAAACUGCUUUUGCCAAACCCGAGACACUCGUCUUUCUGCAAGAAAAGAUACGGCUUAUAUAUCGAAUCGCAGGUCGCAAUGGACAAGAGUACCUCGUUCUGGGUGCGAUGGGCUGUGGGGCAUAUGGAUGUCCCCCACGAGUCGUUGCUACGCAAAUGCGCGACAUAUUACUCGAGCCAGAGUUUGCGGGGCGGUUCAAGAGAGUCGUAUUUGCGGUCUAUAGCAGACCUGGCAGUGGGCCAGGGAACUUUGAAGUAUUUACGGAGACAUUCAAUGGCGUGGAGGUGUGA